CUCCACGUCCCCCUUUUUCUCUCCUCCAGCCUACUUGCAUUUUCAUCGCGCACACCCACUCGCUCCCAUAUUGCCACAUCCUUCAUACCUUCUAUCUCCUUUUUGUCCAUCUUAUAAGACUCCCUCCCCUCUUUCUACCUUGCCUGGUAACAUUCAACCAAUAUCUAUACAAACUGUUUUCACACUCUGCUUACCGCAUUGCAAUCUCCUCCGGUACUUUCACUACUUCACCCUCCCUAACACAAACUGUCCUACGAAGCAGCUACCUAACUCGCAGCCAUCAUGUCGAGCGCAAUGAAGAAGCUUAAGCUUCUGCACCACCUCACGGCCGCUUCAGCUGGCGCUACCACAUCCACUGGUGCUUUACCCCCGACCUCCUGCGCACAACAGCAACCAAUACCGCCAAUCCCACCUCCUAUCCCCCAAACAAAUUUACCUUCUGCGAAAUACAACAACAAUCACGCCGAGAUGACCCAAGCCUUACGGUCGGCCCGGCAUGCAUUGAACCUGCUCAAUUCCCCUUCAACCCAAACUGCUCCGCAGGCACUUCACCACCAACCCGAAUCGUUUAGGGCUUCGCCUUAUACCCUUCACCAUUCCACACCCAGGGCAUCGACAUGUCUAUUGCCUCAGGCGUUUAUGGUUUUGACGCCUAAUGAUCCUCAUCCAGCAAUUUGCCUACCUGCGUCACCCCCCCCCCCCUCUCGGCCUCCACCUAACCACCAUAGCCACAACCAUCAUCAUAAUUCCUCUGCUCUGCUCACACCUAUCCAGAUCAACCCACCAAUUCAACAGGUUCUUCUCUCCGAACAGGCUGUGCCAAGAGGCAAUACAACCAUUUACUCCUCCCGCCCACCCAUUGCUCCAGCCUUGUCUGUUGUUCCUCACCACGCCUAUCAGAACUCUAUGCGUCAUCGAAAUCCCCAGAAGCGUCCUCGUUUGACGGCUGAGGCUGUUUCAAAGAUCGGCAAAGACACCCGCCUUGCCCGCUGGGAACGUGUUGUCGGCUUUGUACGCGAUCAACGAAACACAAAUCCCGCAGCUGCAUCUGAUUCGACCACUGGCGCUGACCUUGCUUUGUUUGGUACGUCGGGUAUAGUCAAGGAAAUCGAGCGUAAAAACGAAAUUCUUGACCUUUUGGAUGUUGAGGAGCAGGCUUCGCGUAGCCUUUGGUCUGGUGGCAGUGGAGGAACGAACGGUGUUGACGAGUUUGUUUGGAGCGAAGACGAGGAUGACGAUGACUUCCGCAAAGAUGCUGAGAACCAAGCUGUGUUGGAUGAACACCGCCGUAGACUCGAUGCCCUAUACCCAGAUGAGGUCGCCGAAGAGGUGAUUGCAGAGGGUGCUGAGGUUGGUGUGUUCGAAUUGGAAGACCACAGUGCGGAGGCUACAGUCAAAGACUUCGAGAUGGACAUUGCCGGAGACAACGCCAGACCCCGCCCUCGCAGCUCGCCCAUCGGCACCGUAGAGAAGGUCGAUGGGGUGAAGCAAUAUCUGGAAUCGUUGAAAACCAGUGGGGUGCCGGAAUUGAAUCGGCGGAGCGAGUUGGAGACCGGUAUCGAUAGACUGAUAGCAAGGGAUAUUAGAAGGUUUUCCGCAGUCUACUAAUCUCUUUUGUUUUUAGUUUUUGGCUAGAGGAUUAUGGGGCGCUAUACCAUUCAUGCAUUCAUAGCGGCUUGUGUUUUGGUUCUUGUGCUUCACUUUUCCACCGUUCCUAGGCGCUCUAGAUGGGGAGCGCCGGUGCACCAAGGGAAAAGUGCAAAGUAUAAAGGUUCUUGAUUUUUUUUAUUAAGGGUUUUCACGGUUUGUCUUAUAGCUGUAUAUUUUAUCCUCUCGAGUAUUUUAGCUUCUCUACUCCUGCAUUUAAUCUCUACUUUAAUGGUACAUAGCUGCACGCCGAGCAUAAUCGCCAGAAAACAUCGAUCUCUAGAGCUAAAUAAAAUUGAUACAAUCGCUUCUCUAAAAA